UCCUAUUUACAAUAACUGCAAAGAGAUUAAUAGUUAAUCUGGGCAAUAGACACACUCCAAGUCGAUAACAUCAAAAAUAGACUAAGCAGAGAGAUAUGCUGAAACAUGCCCAUCCCACGAUGAGUCUAACUCAAUAACGCUGCGCUUACAAGAACACACACAGACAAAUUAAAGUCCUACAUGAAUAGGGCAAGACGGAAUGACGUUAAUCAUUAAAUUGCUUGAUAACAAAAAGAGCCCGCAGUAGUCAGUAGUCCAUCCCGCGAUCACUUACAGUAAGCUGCAACCAGCGAUCACCUUUGUUCCUUCUCAGCCUCUUUGGGAAAAGACACUGGCAAGACAGAAGAGCAUUUGGGAAAAAAAGGCUGUCUACGAACUUUAGGGAAACAUGCAUAUAGACAGGAACCUGAAGAAUGUCCUGGUUGUCUCGUUUGGAUUUCUGUUCCUUUUCACGGCAUAUGGGGGACUGCAGAGCUUACAGAGCAGCCUGAAUGCACAAGACGGAAUGGGCGUGGCCUCCUUGAGUGUCAUCUACGCUUCCAUCAUUUUGUCCUCCAUGUUCUUGCCACCCAUCCUCAUCAAGAACUUGGGUUGCAAGUGGACCAUUGUGGGUUCGAUGGGCUGCUAUGUGGCCUAUUCAUUGGGCAACUUCUUCCCUGGCUGGCCUGCGCUGAUGGCCACCUCCGUGAUUCUUGGUCUGGGAGGCUCACCGCUCUGGUCUGCCAAGUGCACCUACCUCACAACCUGCGGAAACCAGCAGGCAGCAAGAGAUGGGAAGAAAGGGCCGGACGUCAUCAACCACUACUUCGGGAUCUUCUUCCUGAUAUUCCAGUCGUCAGCCGUCUGGGGGAACCUCAUGUCCUCACUAAUAUUCGGUCAAGACGCAUCAAUCGCUGACAUCCCAGAUGACAGGCUGCAAUCCUGUGGCACUGGCGUCUGUCUGGACAACUCCACCACUUCAGGCAACAUAACAACCCCAGAGCAAUCCCUGGUCAACAUCCUACUUGGCUGUUACAUAGGGGUUGGAAUUUUUGCCAUAAUCUUGGUGGCGGUUUUUCUGGACAACAUCGACAGGGACAAAGCUCAGCAGUUCAGGGACAAGCGGGAGCCCUUCUGUAGCACCUUCUUCGCGACGUUCAAACACCUCAGAGACAGGAGACAGCUGCUCCUUAUCCCGCUGACCAUGUACAGUGGGUUCGAGCAGAGCUUCCUGGCCGGAGAAUACACCAGGUAUUACGUCACCUGCGCCCUGGGAAUACAUUUCGUUGGCUACGUGAUGAUCUGCUUUGGUGCCACCAAUUCUGUAUCCUCCUUCACUGUUGGCAAGUUGUCCCAGUACACAGGAAGAUUCGCCCUGUUCACCUUCGCCGCGGUAAUAAACUUCGCCGGUGCCCUGACCUUCUUGCUCUGGAAGCCUCAUCCCGAUGAGUUACCUGUCUUUUUUGUGCUUCCCGCCCUCUGGGGGUUGGCUGACGCCAUUUGGCAGACGCAAACCAACGCUCUCUAUGGCGUUCUCUUUCCUGACCACAAGGAGGCAGCGUUUGCCAACUAUCGCAUGUGGGAGUCCGUCGGAUUUGUCAUUGCCUUCGCGUACAGUAACUUUAUCUGCCUUGACAUUAAGCUCUACAUUUUGAUAGCGGUUCUGAUACUUUCCAUGCUACUCUGUGGUUGGGUGGAAUACAUGGAACACAGGAAUCCUACUCUAAGCGUAGAGUACAGUGGAGACACAGAUAAAUGGACAGAAAAAGAACUGCAUUCUGACGGUCCACAGACAACGAUCCUUGCGCAAACUCCGCUGUAAAUGAGUUUCAUGCCCACCGUUCGAAUAAUUUUUGAGCCCUCUCCAAUUAACUAAAGAGUCUCAAAGGCUUGCUUGUAACAAUUUCUUUUAUAUAGUUGAAACGUUUAAACUUUAAUUCAAACAAUGUGUUUCCCUUGCAGAAAGCAUUUUUAACAUUUUCUCGUCUUCCUUCACUAUGGCAGCAAAAAUGGACAGCGUACGAAGUAAUUAAGGCUAAACAUACAUUAAUGCUAAUUAAAUAUGAAAGGCUUAAAAUGUAACUAUUGUGCACAGUUCAGUAUGCAUCACUGGACAUCUAUAACUGCAGUGGGUAGUAUUGGGUUGGUGACGGCUGUAAUCGUAAGAUCUCUCUUUGGAAAAAAGUACAUGCACUGUAACGUGGGAACACAGCGGUAAAGCAAUAUAGUAUUUCCACAAUGCAAUUAAAUUUUUAUAUAAAAUAAUGCGCAAAGGCUAACAAACUUUAGACAUUUAGUUGUGCUACAAGAAGUAGGACUGCUUAAACUUAGAUAUUCAUUGAAUGUACAGCUAAUCGAAAUCGGUGAUUUCAUGGUAUUUUGUUUACAGCCAGAGUCUGGAUUUACAUAUGAAGUGAAACGUGAAUUGUGUUAUACAAUGAAAUACUGCGGGGUGGUCUUUUGUAUGUUCUCUGCAAACUUGGGCCUUCGAAUGGGGCUUACUGGUUUAAAUCAGAAUCUGACAUUAGAUUAACUUAAUUUUAUAAGGCAUUUAUGAUGGAAUUAAAGUGAGUUAAAGUAUUUCAUGUAACAUGAAUGUGAAAUGAACGAAUGAUAAAAUAAUAUUGAUAUAUGACAUAGUGUAUAACUGUGUGAAUAUGUGUGUGUGUGCUCUGUUAUGGACUGGCAUCCUGUCCCAUUGCGAGUGUCCAUCCCUUACCAAGAAACGGUUAGAAUAUUGAUGGAUACAUAACAACGAUAUGCUUCCUUAAUGUCAAAGUUAAUAUUCUACCCUGUACUAGAUAAGCUCUUAUGCAAGAUGGAUGGAUUAAAGUGUGAUGUAUUAAAACAUUAAACAUAAGUGUUAUGGGAAAGGUAUACUUUUCUACCAUCAAAUCUUGUAAAGACUUCAAAUAAAAUUACAUAGCCUUA